AUGACACCCCCACGCAAGAAGCAACCCGCCGCCCAGCGCCGCUCUUUGUUCGUCCGCUCGCUGCCCGACUCUGCAACCUCCGAGUCUUUGACCGAGAUCUUUUCCGCUUCGUUCCCCAUCAAGCACGCCGUCGCCGUCACCGACAAGGAAUCAAAGAAGUGCAAGGGUUAUGGUUUCGUCACCUUCGCCGACGCCGAGGACUGCCAAAAGGCAAAGGAAGAAUUCAAUGGAUUCGCUGUUGAUGGCAAGAAGUUGCGCUGCGAGGUCGCCGAGCCCAGACACCGUGAGAAGGGCGCCGCUGCUGUUCCCUCGGCUGGCGAGAAGUUCAAGGAAUCUCAAGCCAAGGAGCGCGCUGCCGCUCAAGUCCCGAGACUCAUUGUUCGCAACCUUCCCUGGAGUAUCAAGUACCCGGACCAACUGGCCAAGCUGUUCCAAAGCUACGGAAAGGUCAAGCACACUGUCCUUCCCAAGGGCAAGACUGGCCUCCUCCGUGGUUUCGGUUUCGUCAUCAUGCGUGGCAGACCCAAUGCUGAGAAGGCUAUCGAGGGUGUGAACGGAAAGGAGAUUGACGGAAGACAAUUGGCAGUUGAUUGGGCUGUUGACAAGGAGACCUGGGACAACACUCCCCAGGAGGAGACCAAAGAGAAGGAAACUGCCAAUGGAGAUGCCACAGAUGAAGACGCCGUUGACGGCGCCAGCGAACAUAUCAUGGACGAGGACGAUGACGAGUCGGGCUCUGAUGAGGACGACGAGGACGUGGACAUGGAUGACAUGGACGAUGAAGACGAGGACAUGAAGCCGAGAACAGAGGACAACUCUUCGACCCUGUUCAUCCGCAACUUGCCCUUCUCAUGCACAGACGAGGAUCUCGAGGAUCACUUCACCCAAUUUGGCUCAGUCCGCUACGCAAGAAUUGUUGUUGAUCAAGAAACCGAGCGCCCCAGAGGUACCGGGUUUGUCUGCUUCUACGAACUGGAUGAUGCCGACAACGUUCUCAAGAACGCCCCCAGACACCAGCCUCCCCGUUUGAACGACCCCAAAGCCAAGGAUGGCUCCAUCCAAAUGACCCACUCAGUCCUGCAAAACGAAGACGCCGACCCCACUGGAAAGUUCACUCUGGAUGGACGUGUCCUGCAGGUUUCCCGUGCUGUCAACAAGAACGAAGCCAAUCGUCUCACCGAGGAGGGUGCCGCCAACCGUUUCAAGCGUGACACUGACAGAAGACGCCUAUACUUGCUUUCUGAGGGAACCAUCCCCUCAAACUCACCUCUUUACGAGCAACUUCCUCCGUCUGAGAGAACCAUGAGAGAAGCCAGUGCCAAGCAGAGAAAGACUCUGAUUGAGAGUAAUCCUUCUCUGCAUUUGAGUCUGACACGUCUUUCGGUCCGUAACAUCCCUAGAUCCAUCACAUCAAAGGACCUCAAGCAACUUGCCAGAGAGGCCGUCGUUGGUUUCGCCACCGAUGUCAAGGAGGGCAAGCGCGGACGCCUCAACAGAGAGGAGCUCAGCAGAGGUGGCGAGGAGGAUGCAAAGGCCGAGGCCGACCGCAAGAAGCGCGCCAAGGGUAUUGUCAAGCAAGCAAAGAUCGUCUUCGAAGGUCGCGAGGGCGCCAAAGUGGACGAGAAGAGUGGUGCAGGCCGUAGUCGUGGAUACGGUUUCAUCGAGUAUUACACACAUCGUUCGGCCCUGAUGGGUCUGCGUUGGUUGAACGGUCACGCCAUCGGAUACCAAGCACAAGAACAGAAGGGCAAGGGCAAGAUGUCGCAAGAAAUGCUUGCCGAACGCAAGAAGCGCCUGAUCGUUGAGUUCGCCAUCGAGAACGCCCAGGUCGUCAAGCGUAGAAAGGAGAUUGAAGAAAAGUCUCGCGAGCGCUCUUUCGCGGCCACCGCACCCACUGCCGACGGCAAGAGACCGUCUUCGGGUCGUGACACCAAGUUUGGAGCGGGUGACCGCGGCAAAGGAGGCAAGUUCGACCGCAAGCGCAAGCGAGAUGGAAAGGAUGAGGCUCCUGUUGAUGAGGAGAAGAACAAGAAGGCUCCUGCCGAUGAAAAGUUGGCCAAGCGUCAGCAAAUCAUUCAGAAGAAGCGUAUGGCUCGUCGUGCUCGCAAGCAGGGUGCCUAA